CCGCAUCACAAACUUCUCUGUUUAUAAUAUUGUUCCGCUUAAAUUGCACUUACCGUGGAAAACUUUUUUCGUUUCGAGGGAAGUUAUGUUUGGAUUUUUAUUUUCUGUUGUUUGUACCUGUCCGGCACUGUGAGAAGUGACUUUGAGUGUCCUCAAUAUUUCAGCCUCAUCCUUUCUUGGACAUGAUUAGUUUUAUCGAAUAUUCUAGGAAAGAAUAUUAAAGUCGAGACAAGAAGGAAUACAAGUCAGUUUGGAUUAUCGCGACAGCUCUGUGCAACUCCAUUCGCUCAAGAAUGGCAUCAAAGUUGCGCAAUAUGGUGAGCAAGAAGAAGCGAAGAUUCAUUGAUAAAGGCUUUGACUUGGACCUGAGUUAUAUUUAUCCCAAUAUUAUAGCCAUGGGCUUUCCUGCAGAGAAUCUAGAAGGAGUCUACAGGAACAAAUUAGAAGAUGUCGUUAAAUUUUUCAAUGAAAAGCAUGGGGAAAGGUACAAGGUGUACAACUUAUGCAGUGAGAGGAAUUACGAUACGACCAAAUUCUACAACCGGGUUGCACAUUAUCCUUUUGAUGACCACAACCCACCGAGAUUAGAACUCAUCAGACCGUUUUGCGAAGAUCUAGACAACUGGCUUGGGGCCGACGGUCAGAACGUGGCUGCAAUACACUGUAAAGCCGGCAAGGGCCGGACCGGUGUGAUGAUCUGUGCAUAUAUGUUACAUAGGAGACUGUAUCAGACGGCGAACGAGGCGUUAGAUUUCUAUGCAUCAAAGAGGACGAAGAACAGAAAGGGAGUAACGAUACCGUCACAACGGCGGUACGUGGAAUACUACGGCGAUCUGAUCAUCAGGGAACUGGAGUACAAGCCCACGACGCUUCUCCUGACCCGCAUUGAUCUCGAGACGGUGCCUAUGUUUAACGGCGGUUCAUGCGCUCCAGCGUUCGUCAUUUACCAACAAAAGGUCAAGAUCUUCUCAUCACAACCUUACGAGGUAGCGAAAAAGGAAAGGAGCGUGAGGUGUGAGUUCCCGCUGCCCGUGCCAAUCUGUGGGGACAUCAAAAUAGAGUUCUUUAACAAACCAAAUAAACUCAAAAAGGACCGGAUGUUCCAUUUCUGGUUCAAUACCUUCUUCGUGGCCAACUCCAACCUCCUCAACUCAAGCAGCCAGCACGAUCUUGCCAACAACGGUUCCGACAACUCAUCGCAUUGCAGUGAAGACAUCGAGGCUUUAGACACAGACUGUACGGUCCUGAGGUUACGGAAAGACCAGUUAGACCGUGCCAACAAAGACAAAACAAACAAGUGGUAUUCCCCUAAUUUCAAGGUCAUCUGUUACUUCAAACGGGUGGAGAACGAGAAGCCCAGGAGACCGUCGGGGGACAGCAACGACCAUUCAUCGGGUACGAGUAGCGACCACGAGAACAGCGAUGGAGGAGACAUCUCGGAAACAGACUCAGAAUCAGAAUGGGAUGUGACAGAGAUCACCCAUGUAUGACAGCGGCAGAUCAAAGGUCUGCUGCUCGGACAGUAUCUCCAGAGGCUGCUGAAGCCUCCAGUAGAUUAGUAGACGAGAUGCAAGCGCUGUCUGGCUGUAUGCAAGCAGUGGAUAGUGCAUGCUCCAUCUGUGCUCCUCCUCGACGAGGUUAGACGCAUCGUCUAGAUAUUAUGAAGGACUGCAUGUAUUGAAGAGAGUGUCAUUCGCUUAUUUACCUCAGUGGGUUGAUGGAGAGAGACAAAGCCAUACUGUCGCCUCUUCAACUUAAUUUGUUUCAUCAGUUGGUUCGUCUCCCAAACUGAAACCGCACACUAGAGGGCGACAUUUUUCAGCUCACAUCGUUUGUUGGCACGUGCGGAGAUACGACAUGGAAGACUCACCGGUCAAAGUUCUUCCAGCUUCCAUUGUGGAUGUAUCUGUAAAAAGAGGUAAAGACAUCGCUGAUGUCAAAGCAACAUUUAUAAAACAUAAUGUUAUUCAUUGCAUACACAGAAACAAACUCAUCAUUCGACUGCAAUUUUGUUCAGUAUCCAUCCACUCCUGAUUAUAUUUCAUCAGGUUGAAUGAAACGGUGUCCUCAUUUGUUGCUCAUUCUCUAUCAACUCUGGAACCAUGAUUUUAUUUAACCUGGCAUGACACAACUUAAGGAAACUGGGUACCCCUUGUCCAUAAUCCUCAUGACAGAUUCUGCCCUUAGGCUGUGGCUGAUUACGAUCAAUGCGUUUAUGGGAAUGUCAUCAUUAUACAUGGUAAGCCUUGUAUAUCUGUAGCCCAAGAAGACUAUCACAAGGUUUAGUGAGGCAAGGAUGAAUGAUUUUGUAGCCAAUCUUACAAAAUCGCAUGAGACCGUGGUCAUUUGUAUUACCAAAGCAUUCAGUGGAAUUGAAAAUGUAUAUUUAGAAGUUUUAGAUAGGGAAAGUCUUAUAGGCUUGAAAUGCAAUUACCAUCUCCUUACGGGAUGGAUCGAAGUUGUCCCACCGGCGAGCACUUCAAGCCUACGCGAUGCCAAUUGUUUUGCUCUGUGAGAUGAUUAUAGGUGUAAUGUUCUUGCCAAGUGUGCCCCUCAUCACACACACAUCAUGGGAGUCUAUUUUAAUGUAGGUCUGAGCCAUCUCUGAUGAAAGGAAAAUGAGUGGGGCAAAACUACUCCGAUGACAUUAAAAUGAGCGUAUACGUUGACGAUUAUGUGGGUGAACUUUUACGCGCUCACUUCAGACGCACAACCUGUGGGCCCAGUGACACAAGGCUUAGCGAUUAAUCGUAUGACAAACUUUUAAGAUUGAUUGCAUUUACCACAAUGUGCAUCAAUGACAAAUCAUACAUUUUAUCGCUAAGCAGUGUGUUAUUAGAAAAAGGUGUAUGGUCAAACCUGCCCUAGUGGGUACCAGUAUAGAAGCAGGGGCUGCGGAACGGUUUUCAAAGUGGGGGGGGGGCUGACCAUGCCAAAAAUCACAAUCAUAUGGUCAUUUUUGUACAUGGUUUGGGAUAAAGCCCCCCCCCCUCCUGCUUCCGCGCCCCCUGAGAAAGGCCACCUGUCUGUAAAGACUGCUAUUUUUGUUUCCCUUCGAUAAUUUUCUCCAUCGAAGCAUGUAUGACAGGAAAUCCGUCCACAUUGGAACCUGCUCAUAAAGUCUGCAUUUCUUGUCUAUCCUUGGUGGUCAUUGUAGGCAGGUUUGACUGUCCGUAGCCAGCUAAGUGAAAGUUGAACCUAGAUGUUAAUUAGACAAACUGGGGGGUGUUUCACAAAGUGUAAACUGUGACUUAAGAGUCAUGCUUAAAUGCCAACGCGCUCAUGUUGUUUAACAGGUAAUUGAUUGAUGGAUACGCGGUAAUGUGCAUUCCAUUCACAUGAUCCGACCAAUGUGGUGAGGCGUCAUAAAACGCACACAACUGAAAUUUCAGUGCGACUCUAAUUAACACUUAACUCGUGAAACACCCUAGAGUUGUUGUGGAGAGCAUUUUGGAUAGCACCAAACAGAAACGAGCCAAAAUGUAAUUUAGUCAAAGAGCAAAUUCAAAAUUAAAGGAAACCAAAACCCAAGGAGAGUAGCAAUCUUAUUGGAAAGAGUAAAAUGAGAG